UGAUUCAGGCCGCGCGCGCGUACUUAGUAAGUUGCUUGUGAAACUAUGGCGGAGGGCAGAAGUGCUGUUGUGCGGUGUUGAGUUCCCUAUCUUCAUUCAAGCUACCCCAUGAGAUGCAAUACUUGCUGAAAAGUCUUCUAUCCGUCACCUCAACCCAGCUCAACACAGCACCUUGAAUACUAAGAUCUGCAAGUCGAGUCAACUAACGUUACACUUGAACUUUAGAAAAACAGCACUUUGCCAACUGAAGACUUAUUGAAAUACCAACUUGACUUUCCGCUUUCUGUUAAAGAGACCUUUCAACUCCACUGUUCAAUUUUAAAAGUUGUAUCAAUCUCAGAUAGAAUUUGUCAGAAACAAGGAUUUUACAAAAUGGCGAGUCCUCAGCAGUGGAAGAUCCAGCGCUGUAACUCCCAAGACCAAUCAAACAAUUCCAACUACAACAAGCAGAGCUUCUCCCCUAAUGGUGGCAGCCUAACUUUUCACGAUCCACAAGUUACCCAGGACCAGGCCCACAAAUCAACAAUGGCAUUGCACCUGUGGCUGUCAGAGAAACUGGAAUCAUUGAAAAAAUGCUUUCUUCUUAUGGCUUUCUUCAGUGUUGUGACCGAGAUGGAAGACUAUUCUUUCAUUACAGCCACUUUGAAGGGCCCAUUGAUACCCUACACAUUGGAGACCCUGUAGAGUUUGAAAUGAUCAGUGACCGUCGUACAGGCAAACCCAUCGCCAGCAGGAUCAUGAGGUUACCACCGGGUUUGGUCAGUACAGAGAUCCUAGCCCCUGAACAGCUGCAGGGGAUCAUCGUCACCGAGGCUAAACCACCUAGUACCAAAGGACAUGCCGGACCAGCUGAAUUUGGACAAGUGGCAUAUGAGAUCAGUGGGGAGAGUUUCUUCUUGAUGUACAGCUAUGAGGAUGCACCUGAGGUACCUGCUAUCAAGAAGGGUGACAAGGUUGCCUUCCAAGUUGCAACGGACAAGAGGAAUGGUAACAUGCAAGCCAGGAAUCUAAGGCUCCUGGAGUCUGCUCAAGUGCCCCGCUACCAAGGCGUCGUCUGCUCCAUGAAGGAAUCUUUCGGCUUCAUUGAGCGGGCUGAUGCAGUCAAAGAGAUCUUCUUCCACUACAGUGAGUUUACUGGUGACGUCAGUGAUCUUAUUCUUGGUGAUGAUGUCGAGUUUGAAAUUGGAAAUCGCAAUGAGAAAGAGGUUGCCACCCAGAUCAAGAAGCUGCUAUCUGGGACUGUAGUCUUUGAAGAUAUCAGCCAGGAGGUCUACCAAGGAGUGAUCAACAAAGUCAUUCCCCGCUUCACCAACAAGAAGACUGCUGAGCCGUUCCCAGGCAGACUGAUCUACAACACAAAGGAUGGAGGGAAACGUGAGCUCUCCUUUGGAGACAAGGACACACUGCGUUCAUACACAUUCCUGGUAGCUGACAUCGUUCAUUUCUACGUUGCAACGGACAGGAGAGACCACCUACAGAGGGCCACUAACAUCAGUCUGGCUGCGGCAGAGACCUUCACCUGUGGCACAGAGAAACGAGAAACAGGUACUGUAGCUGCCGUCAAGGAUGGGUUUGGAUUCAUCAAGUGUGCUUGCAGGGAAGCUAGGAUGUUCUUUCACUUCAGUGAGAUGCUCCAAGCUGGUGAUAUAUGUGUGUCUGAUGAAACAGAAUUCUCAGUGAUACCUGAUCCAACCUCUCCUCAACGCCAGAUAGCCAUUCGUAUCAAACGCCUACCAAAGGGUAGCGUAUCCUUUGAGACUGUUCUUCCUGAUCGUGUCCAGGGUCUUGUCGACAAAGUGCCUGCUAACCUGUGGGGUCGUAGCCCCGGUAAGAACCGAGACAAGGAGCUUGAUAUAGGUUUCAUCACCUACGGUCAGAAUGGAAGUCGAGUUAACAUUGCAUUCCAUGCCAAGGACACUGAUGUCAAAGUACCACCGGCCAUCGGUGACUUGGUUGAAUUCAAUGUGGCUGAGAUCAAGAAAGAUGGUUCCCGCAUGGCAGUCAAUAUCAAUGUCCUCAACAGGAGCUCUGACUCUCGUAAGAUAGGAGUCAUCUCGGUCAUGAAGGAGAACUUUGGAUUCAUCGAGAGCGACAAGCGAGACAAAGAAAUCUUCUUCCAUUUUAGUGAAUUCCACGGAGACCUGAAUGAUCUAGAUGUAGGUUAUGAGGUCUCUUACAUCGCGGUGCGCAAAGGACCAAAACUAAGUGCCGAAGAAGUCAAGAAAGUACAAGCCGGAGUCAUCCCACCAAAGGAUGUUAAACCAGGCCAACACAAUGGAACUGUCAUCCGUCCACUACGUAACGUAGACCCUAACCAAGAGGAAUACACUGGACUUGUAGCCGUAGUCAAUGAAGAUGGAACUACCGGUAUCACCUACCCCUACUCAAUCACCAGCCUGCUGAACAAGCAUGAGUUCCUUCAGAAGGCUGACAACGUGUGCUUCCAACUCUGUACCUGGCCUGACUCUGACAAGCUCUGGGCCUGUAGCGUGGCUGCAGUACGCAGUCUGCUCAGGACCAGGGUGGACUCUAUCAAAGGACAGUAUGGUUUCCUUGAUUACGACACUGGUGAUGGCAAGAAGCUGUUCUUUCACAUGAGUGAAGUGAUCAACGGGGAUGUCCACACUGGAGAUGAUGUAGAGUUUGUCCUGAUCACUAAUCAGAGAACCAGCCGCCAGAGUGCCGUCAAUGUUCGCAAAGUCACAAGCACCCCACGCCCUGAGCGUCUGCGCCGCCUGCAGAGUCUACCCAACGAUGAGAAAGGUCUUCGUCUGAUUGUCCUCCGCCAGCCCAUCGGACCCAAGAGUGCUGAAUAUGGAUUCAAAAUUGAGCGUUAGGUUAGCCUGGGUGAAUGAAGGAUUCACGUGCCAAAGUAGGCCCUAUAUGUACCUGUAAAUUGAUACAUCUCACUUGAAUUUCAUUCAAUAUUUCUAUUUUUCAUGCUAUUUCUUCUUCUUUUCUUAUUCAUGAAGUUAUUUGUUUAUUUUCACACUGUUUCUAUUUCUCUUUUCAUGAUUUAUCUUGACAAAGAAGGAAUUGUAAAAUUUGAAUUGCAUUUUUGUUUAUUUUUAUUACUUACUUUUUGAAAGGACAAGAGUUCUCUAUUAAAUGUUCAUAAAUGUUUAUGGUACAUUACAAAUACCUCAUUUACAGGUAACUUGUUUCUUUCUUUUAGCCGCCAAAUGAAAGGCUGCUUCAUUACAUUUUAUGUUUUGUGUUUGAAUUCUUCAUUUACUGUAAAGAAACAAUGAAACAAGUAAGAAAGUAAGUGAAAUUAAGUUUUGCAUUCUAUGCACUAUUGGAGCAAUCACAUUUGCUCCAACAUGAAAUGAAUAUGUUUGGUAUUAUAUGAACUUUAACGUGCAGGUAUUGUCAAAACGUCUUAUGUUGCUGAGAUGAUGUGAGUUUUUUCUGUUCUAAAAGUGGUUCUUGUAUCCAAAGGUCACACUAAUGAGACCGUCAACAGACCGACAAAGAAAUACAUUAACUAAAAUGUCAAAGACGAGGUCGGUUUGGAUUCGGCUUAGAGUUGGUGUAUGGGUGUGAUUAAGGUAUGACUGGAGUAUUUGAAAUAUUGACUGAUAUGGGAAGUUAGUUGAUAUAAUGUCAAAAUUGCACAAUUUACACUAACGGUAGUUUUUCUUAUGCUGUGGUAUGAACGGAUCCUCGAACGAGUGACUAUACUGGUCAGGUGUCUGAAUAUUUAUAUUGAUGUCUGCAAGAAAGAAUAUGAAUUGAAUCAAGAUAUAUUCCAUCAUUUGAAGAUUUCAACUUGAGCCAUAGAACUUGAAUUUGGACUGUACUAGUUUGAAAUCAGAAGAGAUAUGUCAGUGUGGUACUUUGUUUUCACACUGCUGCAUAUUAUUCAUUGCCUUACGCUGCUAUUAUGCAAGAUUAAUGUGUUCGUAUUACCUGGAUAAAUGUGAAGAAACAUGUUUCUGAAACUACCAGAUAUUAGUCAAACAGAAGUUUCCUGUAGGUCGUGAACAUAUUGACUGCUUUAAGGAGUCAAAGUUAAUAGAAAGUUUGACUACAAAGCGUCGAUAUGAAUAGAAAGAUUGCCUUCAUUAAGGAGUCAAAUUGAAUAGAUUGAUUGGCUACUUCAAGGAGUCAAACUGAAUGAAAAUAUAUUGACUACUACAAGGAGUUAAGCUGAAAAGAAGAGACAUUUGUGGAACAAAAACUGUGUUGUCUUGUCCAGUUUUGAACUUGAUUUUCUGUAACCUGUUUGUAAACUAAAUUUCUCAAUCUGCUUACACGCAUGAGCAUAUUGGUAAGUGUAAAUCUUUAGAUGUGCUAUUGCUAAGAAUAGAUAUAAAUUUGAAGAGUCAAACUGAAAAGAUGAGAAGAAAAACACCUUUUUAAAUAGUCACACUGACUAGAAGAGGUCACCAUUUUAUAGAGUCUAACUAAAUAGAGAAGAUGACAAUUUCAUGUAGGUAGUCAAAGUGAAUAGCAUAGAUGUCUAUUUCAUUGAGUUAAACUGACGUAGUAUAGAUGAUUAUUUCACAGUGUCAAAUUUGAUAGAAUAGAAAGCGUGAAUAUUUCAGUGCCAAGUUCAAAACUUGAUUUGUUAUACUGGAUGUACCAUGGCUGAUUUUAUAUGGGAUGUGCAGCUUGUGUGUGGGUGCAGGAAUUACUUGUGUGUUCUCAGACAUAAACCUCAAGCCACUUAUUGUAAGUUUGUAAAUAUUCAUACAUAUGUUUCUAUUUCUAUUAUCCCUUUCUCUUUAUGUCACUUCCUCUAAUUCUUCUCAUUCUUGCUCUUUCCUUCUCUGUCUAUCUUCUUCUUUCCUCCCUAACUUUCAAAUUUGCAAGUAAAAGAAAAAAAAGAGUAAUUACAAGAAUAACUUUGAUUAAUAGUAUUCAGGUCUAUUGUAAAAAGAAUUUACAUGUUCGGAAUGUUAAGAAUGUUUCUGAGUGGACUGACAAUCCAUGAAAUCAAUUUAAUUAUAACUCCUUAUGGUGCUCUCAUAAAAUGGUCCAAGUUUACUUCUGAAAAAAGGACUAAUUUGUCAGAUAAUCGCUUUAUUUGUACAUUAUUUUUAAUUCAAAAUACUCCAAUAGAUUUAGAUAAAUGUAAAUUUGAAAAUUAAUGAUCAGUGAUGAUAAGUCAUUCCUAUUGAUGCAAAUGCCUCCAGCAUUAUAUUGGUUGUGGGUUAACUCAACAAUUGCCCCGAUAACAAUUUCUGUGAGCUUUAUUUCAAGGUUAGGGUUAGGGUUGAAGGUUUGACUUUGGUUAAGUGAAGGAAAUCAUCAUGGAGCAAUUGUCUCAGGAGCAUGGUGUCUCGUACAUCUGGGUUAUCAACUUAUCAUAUCUAAAUGUUUUGCCAUAGCUGAUAGUCAGACUGGCAUGAGAACUUAAAGAACUGGUGAUUUACUUUGAUCAAUCUUGUAGAUUUGAGUCUCUGGUGGACAACAUUUUGUAUUGAGAUGAUUUGGGUGACAAACAACCAGUUAAUGUGCCUUUUUACUAUCCUAAAAGUAUGAAAAGUGUUGUUUAUAAUUCAAAUUACCAUUUAUUGUUUAUGUGGAUGUUAAAUAGGGAGACUAUGGGAACAACAAAUCUUGCCAAACUAGGAUUCUGUGCUGUCAAUGAUUUAGUAUUCACAAAUAGAUUAGAUUUAUGAUGUCUUGACCCAGUGAGGGAUCGAACCCAUGACCUUAGCAUUUCCAGUCAGUGCUUAAACCAAAACAAGGUACAGAUUUCUGAUGAAAUGUUUAUGCUUGGGUCCUUUGGAUAUACCUUUGAUUCAGUUACAUACUAUCAGAUCUUACACAAUUGUAUACAGACAGCCAACUUAUUUUGAUUCAAGCUGAGAAUAGUCACACAUUCAGGUAUGUGAUUUUUCAGAAUGGUUUUGACUGAAAAUGUUCUGACACCGGGUCAGUUUUGUAGUAUGAAACCACAACCUGGUUCAAUUUAAUUUGUUUAUUUUUUAUUUUUUACAAAAUGUCAUGAUGUCACAUGACAGAAAUUGCAUCUCACCUAAAAAUUUGCAUUGAAUUUAAAUCUAAAAUUCUAUGUACAUGUGUGAUAGUGGGAGAAACAUGAACGGUAUCAUACAAACAUUGUUUUAAAAAUUCUGUAUGUGGUGUAUCUUUUGACAAAAUUUAGCCAUCCUGCAUGAAUUAGAUUGAUACAAGUUAAAACGGACAUGUGUUAUAUAAUCCAAAGCUAUUGUGCCAACCGGUAAAGUUUAUUCCUUUGUUGGUUUUGUCCUUAUACAUGGAAUAUACUCUGUGAAAUAUAACUUACCAAGCAAUAAUUUCAUGAACACUCCCCUUUUCAUCUAGAGCUUGAUAUUUCUAGAUUUGUUGCUUAUUACAUUCAUGGAGAUGAACAGUAUUUUGGUGCUAUGAUUUCUGCAAUGCUUGUCAAAGAGAGAUGUUUUUGUUUUGAUAAACUUUUAGGGCACAAUCAUUAUUGUUUUCUACAAUCUUUGUCCAAAUGCAUUCAUUGUCAUAUAUUUUCUGUAUUGCAAAAGUAUUUAAAAAGAGAAUCAAUUAUUCAUUAGACUGUCUCUGAAUGAACUUUCAUAUUGCUAUGAAGAAUGAUAAAUCAGUAUUAGAUGAAUUAUCAUUCAAACCGUUCCGAUAUUGGUAAUAUUAUAAUAGCAGAUGUUUGUUGUAAAAGGCAUAAUUGCAGAGAUAUUUACAAAGAUCAUUUAUUUCUUAUCAAAUGUUGCAAUGCUGCAGUAAUUUUCAAUGCUGAUCCAUAUUUCCUUCAUGUAUUUUCAGACUUAAUUUAUUCUGUAAGUAAAUUUCUGAUCAAUUUUUAGGGGUCAUUCAUUACGUGGUGAUAAACAGCUGUGAAGAAUGUGACAUGGUCAUCAAAAAUACAUUUUGAAAUUGGCUCUUUUGUAACCAAUGUAUAUUUCACUGUAGUCGAGUACCCAUUAUCACCUAGUGAAAACUAUGCCUUGAACUUUGUGACAAGAUAUUGUUUUGUAAGUCAUGUGAGUUGGAACACAGUUGGUUUCACAGUAUUGUUUAAAACAUGUAAUAUACAUUCUGGUGUUCCUUUUUUUUUCUUCAAUGUCUAACUUUUAUGUAAAGUGACAUUUUAUUUCUUUACUCUACUUUUUCUUGACUUUUUUUUCUUCAAAAUUGGCUUCAUUCAGUUUUUUCUUGACAGGUGUUGACUUUCCAAAUUUUUGUUUGUUGCUGACAUUUUUGCAUUAACUGUGCCUUAGAAAUUUUGUUUUGUCAAUGGACACUUUGAGUUGUAAAGUGUCAUUUUGGUUUUUGAUUUACAUGACUGAUGAUCAGGGUUUUAGGUUAAAAUGUACAUGGAUGUCGUUUUAUAUCACUUCUUCUUAUUUUUUCUCUUUAUAAUUCUUUCAAAUAGGAGGCUGUUUCUAAUUUAAUUUUUCUUUAAAAAAUGCUCAGAAAGUAAUUGAUUUUUCAAUGUUCACUGUAAGUCAUGUUUCUGUGUCCAGCAGCACAAACAAACAAACAAAGAAGUGAGCUCAUGUUCAAUAUGUUGGUGAUAAAGCCUUGCUUUUGUAUACUUGUAGUUAGUAGUUUUGUAUGCCCAUGACAGUGUAAAAAUUCAAGUUUCUCAUCAAGCUUGGGGAUAAUUCAAAUGGAUUUGCUUUUGUACAAAUGUAUGCUCUAUGCAACUCUUCUUUCCUCUUCGUACUUAAAUGAAUAUUUGAAAAACAAAAAUGUCAUGAACUUGCAUUGAAUUUGAAUUUGUUGGCAGUAGAUUUACUCCAACUCUGCAAUAUUAUUAUUGAGAGAUAGAAAAUUAGAAAUGAAUAUUGGAUAAAUGUUUUACAAGAAUUUGAUUAUUCAUUCAGCAUUGUGUGUCAAAGUUGAAAAGAAAACGAUGUACGUUGGUAUAUAGAUGAUCCAAUGUCCAUGCGUGCGAACUGUAUAUGCUCUCCACAUUAUUGCCAUUUCUUGUUUUCUAACAAUCUUUGAAAUAUUUUGACCACAAAUGUGAUGUGUGUAUGACAAUUGCUAUAUCUCAUUUAAGAUGGUACUAUAAACCUUUGUAUUACUGAAACUUUAUAUAAGUUAUAGAAACAACUAUUCAGAAACGAAAUGUGCAUGGUUGUGCAAUAAAGGUAACCAGUAACAAAACAAGUUAACAAACAACAAGUAUUUUGUAAGAUGCAAUUAUCAAGGUAACAAAGUGAACAAGACGAAAAAGAAUAAAAAGAUACAUUCAAGAAAA